UCUCCGUCUUUCUCCUGUCCAUCUUUUACUCUUUCCUCUUUCUACUACAUUUUAAGCUUCAGUUGCUUUAAGUUCUUGAUCUCUUGAAUGGAUUCUCCCACCAAUCCAGUGGAGGAUUCACCGCCGGACUCCCCUUUUCCGCCGGAGUCUCCUUUUCCGGCGACCGGAAAACGACUAUCGGCUUCGAAAUUCAGGUCCCGGUCCAGGUCCUCGUCUUCCUCCUCCCUCAGUUCUUGCCCCUCCGGCCGCGACUCCCCGACGACCCCCCUCCAGUCCUCCGGCGUGCCUUUCUCAUGGGAGCACCAGCCCGGCGUGCCAAAGCACCUCAUGGGCACUCCCGAUUCGAGGCACUUCUGCGUGGUGGGCACCAGCCUCCCUCCUCCUCCGCUCUCUUCGUCGCCGGCCGGAGCAGCGAGCCGGUUGACUGCUUCCGACUCGAUUUUCACGUCGCGGAGGAAGAUCAAGUCCCACGAGAAGGGCGCCCAUGAUCCCUUCUUCAGGGCGCUGGUGGAGUGCUCCAAGGAUCAGAUGGCCGAGACUUGUUGGCAGUCGCCGAAGGCGCCCUACAAAUUCCGGCCGGCUUCUCCGCUGCGGGGACUGGAUCGGCUUCAGAUCUCGUGUAAGACCAACUGUGCGGUUCUCGAGUCCCAGGUCUUGCUCCCCAGAUCGUACAGAACUACUUCUUAUGGCCUUCUGGCGAAUCGAUCCAUUUGAUCAUGAAGCUGUAUGGGCUUCUCUACUCAUACAUGAUGUAUGCAUUUGUAAGCGUCUUUCUUUUCUUCCCUUUCUUUUGGAUCCUAAACACCGUGUUCAGUUUAGUGUUUGUUGACAGAGAAAGUGCACUUUUCUUGGUGCAUCUGUAAAUGCUUAAUUAAAUAAAUAAUUUCUUGUCAAUAAAGUGUGUGAAAAGGUCUCCGUUUA